GAGUAUAUCUACUUCGAUACGCGUUCGUGAAUUCAUAAUGUCAAAACUUCAAGCCCCCAGUACCCUACUCAUUCAUGGAAUGGUAGGAUGAAAUGACUAAACACAGAAGCUUCCUCCAGAAUCUGAUCAAGCCAUUCACAUUUAACUCAAGCAAAGACCGAAACGAGGUGGACUUGGAGAAAAUUGCAGCACAAGCACAAGGACAAAGGGAGUUUUCCUUUGACACCCUUGUUGCAGCUACAAAAAAUUUUCAUCACACUCUAAAGCUCGGUGAAGGGGGAUUCGGCCCAGUUUACAAGGGAAAGUUGGAUGAUGGAAGAGAAAUAGCUGUGAAGAAACUUUCGCAGGGCUCAGCGCAGGGGACGAAAGAGUUCCAGAGUGAGUCAAAGCUUUUGGCACGUGUACAGCAUAGAAAUGUGGUGAAAUUGUUGGGUUACUGUGUACAUGGCGCAGAAAAGCUGCUUGUCUAUCAAUAUGUGGCUAAUGAGAGCCUUGACAAGUUGCUAUUCAAGUCUGAUAAACGGGAAUUUCUUGAUUGGAAACGAAGGUAUGACGUGAUAACAGGCAUGGCGAAGGGCUUGCUUUAUCUUCAUGAAGAGGCUCCUUGUCGCAUCAUACAUCGGGACAUCAAAGCUAGCAAUAUCCUACUUGAUGAAAAAUGGGUUCCCAAGAUCUCUGACUUUGGCAUGGCACGACUCUAUCCUGAAGAUGAAACUCAUGUCAACACUCGUGUAGCUGGUACCAAUGGAUACAUGGCACCAGAGUAUCUCAUACAUGGCCAUCUUUCUGAAAAAGCAGACGUGUUCAGUUUUGGGGUUGUGGUUCUGGAGCUGAUCAGUGGACAGAAAAAUUCAAAGUUUAACAGAGAUCCUGAUUCACAGAGCCUGCCCGAAUGGGCGUACAAGCUUUACAAGAAACACCGGAGUUUGGAAAUUAUGGAUCCAACACUAGAGUCGUCAGCAGAUGCCGAUCAAAUAGCAUUGUGCAUACAUAUAGGGUUGCUAUGCGUGCAGUCUGAUCCAAAAUCACGGCCCGACAUGGAUCGCGUUGUCGUAAUGUUGUCAAAGAAGCAUAGCAAUAUUGUUGAAGAACCAACAAGACCUGGAUACUCCGGAUCUAGAUACAGAAUGCCCCGUCGGCCAACUGCAUCAUCCUCUGCUUCUGGACCUUCUGGCGUAUCCAGUUCUCAAUCAUUAGACUCCAGUAGCACAUUAACUGCAACCACAUCAAGUGUUAGAAUCCCCAGAUUAGAUCCUCAUGGGAAGCGUCCUGUCAAAGAUUAGCCUUCCAUGUGUAGGAGUUUAUUACUAGGAUACUUGUGUUCAUAGGUUUUGUUGUUCUGAUGUUGAUAGAUGUUUAGAGAAUGGAGGCCAGGAAUCAAAUUGCAAAGUCAAGACUAUCAUUCACACAUUACUCUCCUCAUUCUUGAUGUGUACAUAGCCACAGAGUAGAUUGGUCAGAAGUGGAGAAGAUAUGUCUCAUCCA